CUCAUAUAUAAAAACGCCCUGAUGGUGAUUUGUUCUCACUGCCUCUACUGACCUCCUUCUUGGCUUUCUGUUUCAUUGUAGGCUGUGAAAGAAAGAAACUGCCAACAUGUCUGAGAAGAAGAUGACUUCCAGCCGCAAGCACCACCUGAAGAGUUUGGUUCUGUCGGUGGCUGCAACCUGGCUUGAGAAGGAGAAGAAGGAUCUGGUUGUAGCCAAGGAGACCUACAUGGCUGAGAACUGUCCUGCACCAAACCUCAGUGGAGACCAGGCCACCCUCAUGGAAACCUGCAAAAAGUUACACGCUGUCAUCGACAAAGUGGAUGAAGAGAGAUAUGACUUGGAGGCCAAAGUUGGCAAGGCUGAUAAAGAGAUUGAGGACCUGAAGAUCAAAGUGGUGGAUCUGGCUGGAGUGAAGAAGCCCGCCCUGAAGAAGGUGCGUAUGUCCGCCGACGCCAUGCUGAAGGCUCUGCUGGGCUCCAAACACACGGUCAACCUGGACCUGAGGGCCAACCUGAAGCAGGUCAAGAAGGAGACCAAAGAGGAGCCCACAGAGGCAGUGGGUGACUGGCGUAAGAACAUUGAGGACAAAGCUGACAGGAAGAAGAUGUUUGAGAGCGCUUAAAGAACUGACCUCUACACCUUCAGUUGCUCUGGGCUGUUUACACGCUUCUGAAAUGUCUUACAUUCUUUAUCAAAUCAUCUUUUGUUUCAUAAACGAGUGUGUUUCAGCCUGCUUUUGUUAUUGUACAUCUGUAUAGUGCAUUAAGCAGCAUUAGCUAGAAUGGUUGACCGUCCUCUGGAUGGUGGGUUAUUCAAGCCACAACAUUUUUAGGCAACAAGCAUCCUCGUCUAAGACACCAAACCCAAUACUGUCCCUCAUGUGUUCCUUACUUAUCAAUGUGAGAUUUUAAAAAAUAAAUUGAAUGCAAUAGUUUA